UAGGAAGACAAGGAGAUUUGUGCUGCGCAGAAGGGCGUCGCCGUGAGGACACAUGCAGAUGCUUUGCUAGCCCCUCGUCAAUCACAACCUUGCAGUGCUGUAGCUAGCUAGCUAGAAAGCGAGGGCCUUUGUGCUGAUUGACACGCAGCCAGUCACGCCAUGACGUCGUCUGCGGGCCAUGCCGGGGGUCCCUUGCAGCGGCCCGCUGCACGUACGAAGGCAGCGGCUACCAAGGAGACAGAAACCCUCAUCAGCCGCGAGCUGUCUCUCAGCGAAUGGGCCAAACAGGAGGCAGAGGAGGUGCCGUCUUCUCUCACAGAAGUCCCUUCUACCUCAGGCGAAGAUGUGGAACGGUCGGGUUGGUUGGAUGCGAUCGUGGGUUACUUGGCAAAGAGCAGCCGGAAGAAACGGGAGCUGAGGGCCAAGCUGCACGAAGAGGGGCUGGUGCAGAUUGCGGCGGAGACGCUGACGUUCUGGCAGAAGAUAUGGCACUAUGUCUUUGUGGACCCGUACGAGCGCGUCAAUGUCUGGAGCCAUGGGUUGGGGGCGCUCUUCUUCCUUUGUUAUGCAGUCUGGGGCCGUGUCGGGUGGCUCUUCCCCCUGUGCGCUUGCACGACGCACCUGCUCUCAGUGGGAGCCCACAUUUACCCCGGUAGCCUGAUGACUGAGAAGCUGGACCAUCUUGGGAUCGUUUUCCUCAUCGUCGGUACCCCCCUGAGCAUCGACGAGGCCCUCAGCUGGCGUCUCGGCGGCCGCCUCUAUGCCAAGUACAUCAUCCCGGCCAUUGGUUCCGCAGCCGUGCUUCCGGACGAGCCUCGCGUGCUCGGUUUCGUAGCGGGUUCAAUAGCGCUCUUAGGCGUGUACCAGCAUCUGCUGUGGGAAGUGAUCAUGCUGGCUGAGCUGGCACUCUACUUGAGCGUGGCGUUCCUCUUCCUGAAGGGCGGGAACCACCACCGGAGCAAGUGGGCCCUUGCCGAUCAUCACUUAGCCCACUACUGUGUGACGGUAGCCAGCGUCCUUCAUCUCGUUUGGCUGCACCAUAUACGAGCAGAGUCGGUACAGGGGUACCAAACGACGUGAGGAGCCGAGUUAGUGGAUAGGAGACGGUCAAAGGUGCUUGAGUCUCUGGUUCUUUUAAUGGACGUCAACGUGAGAAUUGUUCUCCAAGCAGAAGUAGGUCUAUGUAGGUCGCACGCCCCUCCAUAUCGAAAUCUGGCUGACGUUUGGAAUCCCUCAUGUGAAGAACGGCUUAAUUUAUGCAUUCGCAUUCCGUUGCUUUGAG